GUCUCAGGUUUGCCUUGGCAUGUCAUCUGCCCCCUGACUCGCCAUGGCUUCCGUCAUCGCGGCACGCUGAUGACGGGCCACACUGCGGCCGCAGGGUCUCGCUCUGCACCCGUGGCGGCUGUGCGGAUUAGACCCUGGCUGCCAAACGAGGAUGCCGAUGCUAUAGAGACGGUGGCUGUGGCCGCGCAGCAGGUGGCUGUGGAAAUCCGUGCACAGGGGCAGAGCUGCCUGUAUCCUUCGCACUUUGUGUUUUCGCCCAAGCACCCGCAGGCCUCGGUGUACAAGGAACUUGUGACCAACAUCAUCGGCGAGGCCAUCGCCUCGGGCCGGGGCGGAGCCAUCGUGGCCUGCGGCCCCGCCGGCAGCGGGAAGAGCCACACCCUGUUGGGCUAUGGCUCGGAUCCGGGGCUGAUUCCCCACGCCACGCUGGACAUCUUUUGCUCCGUGUCCUCGGGGGGCGGCAAGUUGAAGGUGUGGUGUUCCUACUUCGAGGUUGAUCACGAACUCACCGACCUGUUGGCGCCGCUUCCAGAUCCCAAACUAGAGGAGACCGGCUUGGGCGAGGUUCCCUUGGAGGUGGUGGAGCUCCGCGGCUCCGGCGUGCACGUCUGCGGCCUGGCGGAGUGCUACGUGGAAUCCAUCGCGGAGGUACAGCAACUGGUGGACUAUGGACAUCAACGGAGGGCCGCGAUGGAGAAGCUCUGCGGAGCCGGGAACUCCCAGGCUCCAGCAGUGGUUGAGGCAUGGUUUUCAUGGGUUGAUGUGCCUUUUCCAUCCCCGAUGGUAUUUCCACUACAAAAAGGGAGAACACGUGUACGGUAUAAAAUGGUCUGGGGAUAG